UAUUUUUCCUAUAAUUAUAAAUACAGAGACUCACAGCCACUCAAAACCUAUCACAGACCGUCUGGUGUUCUUCCAUGAAAUUCUGAGGCCUCAAAUUGUGGCGAGUCUUAUUGUCUAAAACUAAAGGCAGGAAAGUAAAGAAUAACAAAGAGCACUCAACUCAGUCUGCUGGUUUAUCUGCAAUGUCUAGUGGCAAGGAGAAAAGGAUGAACUGAUCGAGGCUGCCCGUGUCAUGAGGCAAGUUUUUACUGGAUAAGAGGAAAGGAAGAAUAUAAAGUCUCCAGAAGAGCGAAGGCUUGUCUUUGUGGCUCAGUAUUGUACAAACUAUGUCAGAUUUAAAGGAAGUUAUACAGAGGAUGUUGCUGCCAUUGCAACUUAGCCUGGGAAUCUUUCAGAUCAUGAAGACGACGCCUCUUUGGGCGAUCGUACAUUGCACCCUUGCCUACUUGCUCCACUGCUUCCAUUUCCCUUACACAGAUUACAAACAGCUGGAGGGAUUCAAAGGUCGAGUCUUCAAAAAAGUGAUCUCUCAUGCCACCGCAGCAGGAGAUGUAUCCAGAAUGAAAAAGCAGAAGGGUCGUAAAAAAUCUAAGAAAGAAGGGAAAUAUGAGAAUGUUAGGUCAGUCAUAGUGGACUAUAUGGGCAAGAAGUUUGAACUGGAGCAGAAGGAAGGAAACAAGAUGGUGAUAAAGGAUGGGUUUGUAUAUUACAUCACAGAUAAAAUGUGGGAAACUGUACUACACAUUAAAGAGGUGGCUCCACAGACGGUGUUCGUGAAAGACCAUAAAGAAAUAUGGGAUGAAGUGGUGACGGGGGAUAUAAUGGAGCUGGAACAAGUGCUGGAUUCAGUGAUAUUGGACAACCGUGCGGUUGUUCGUCUCGACCACGACUACUUUCUGCCUGUCAACUUAUUGAAGUCGGAGGAUAGAGUGCUAAAGACUUUAAAUUUGGUGGCUUUGUCCCUACGUUCUCAAAAUCAUAUUCACUGGCUCAUUCCUGUGUUGUUAACCUUAACAGCAGCAGUUAUGGGGUUUAGCACAACACUCAGCCUGUAUGUUGGUCGCCUUAUCAAUAAACUCUUCUGCGGAGCAAUACAGUUUCUGUGUGAGCGACUGCCUUUGCGAUGGAGGAGGAGGGUGUAUUUUCUAGGCAAUUGGGUAGAGAAUUUGAAGCCCAGUAACGACUUGGAACUAAAGGUUAUGAAGCAGAGUAUGUGUCCACUCAUUGCUGGAGGUGCAAAAGCUCACUUUCAAUCCUCCCCUCUCCCCUGCAACAUGCGUCCUCAAGUUCCAACAAGGGAGGCGCGGGCGAAAAAGUAUAUGCUCGUUAGCCAACCCUGUGGAUCCUUGGCUGACUGUUCAGUACAAGAGGUUGGCCCAUUUUUUUUCUCGUGUGGCGAGUCAGUUUAUAUAGAAUGGACCUUCAACAACCAUUCCAAUAAAUGUUCAUUAAAAGCCGGUGUCCUUGAACGGGGACAUGAGAAAUCAUUAAAGCCACAUGAUAUUUCUGUUUAUAUUGUAGGUGACAAUGAGGUUUUAAUAGAGGAGGAUAUUAAAAUCCUCACAUGUGAUCGUGGCGCGACAGAUAAGCUUGAGGAGGGAGUAGAAUACAGUAUUUCAGUGUUCGGUGAUGUUUAUUAUGGAGCUAAGGGAAUACCAGAUGGUAUUGAUACUGUUUCCGUUGAUGUAGAUUGUAGCAGCAAGAAGGCCAUAAAGCUAUUCAAACUGGCUUUAUACAUGGCAGACCAAAAAUCUGGUUCAUUGAAAUCUUAUGAACCCAAUGCUAAGACCGUGUCUGUCCGCCGCUUCAUUGAGUCCAUCAACGCCUAUGUCAGAAGCGGCUAUCCACCACUCUACAAAUUGGACAAGUUGGAGAAUGUCUUUGUCCGCUGAUAUUCUUCUCUCCCAAGCACUUCCAAUUGCUUAAUGUAUAAAUGAAAGCAAAACGUAUUAGAUUGUUAGAGAAAAUAAAGUUGAAAUGACCGUAAAGGGCGGAGACAAGGGUCCAGAGUCUAGUAUAGAGUUUCAACAAUAGGUGGAUUUACCAACAAUACAUUUAAUAAGCUUAAGUACAUACUGUUGGAGCAGUAAUUUCUCCAACAUCAAGGAAGAAUACAGUUUUGUAUGUGAAUAUUUCUAUUUUUAGUUGUCUUUUAUUUA